UUCAUCACCUCCAAGAGCAAUAGAACUCAGUCGUGGAAAGAAACAGCUAUGGCGUUCAGAACAACGUCGCACAACGGCAUUCCCAUCCAUCACGCGAACCAUUUGAUUGCGGCGCGCAGGAGCUUCUACUGGGGACACAACACCGUCAUCCUCUUCGACCACUGGCCCGGGAACAACCCCGCCAUGUACGCAUUGGCCAUCAUCUUCGUCUUCUGCCUCGCUUUCCUCGUUGAGCUCCUCAUCGGCUUCGAGUUCACCAAGCCGGGACCAACCAAAGUCGGGUUUUGCCUUCUCAAUACCGGGGUUUACAUGAUGCGUGCCGCGUUGAGCUACAUGGUGAUGCUUGCUGUCGUGUCGUACAAUGGCGGCAUAUUCUUGGCUGCAGUCGGCGGGCACGCGGUGGGUUUCUUGAUUUUCCGGAGCUGGGCUGCUCGGUAAGUAGGAAGGGUCUUUUGUUGUUGUCAAAAUGAUGUAUUGUAAUAAUUUAAAUCAUUCACAUAUUAAGAAUUCAUAAUGCAUGGCGGGUCUUGCUAAAAGAAUAUCAGUUUUUUCCUUAAAAAUUUACACUAUUAUUGUAGUUAGUUCUGCACACCACAUUAUUUACCAGCUAAAUCUAAAGGUUAUUCUUUUUCU